AUGGUUUUCACCGGCCACUGCCUGUGCAAGGCUGUCACAUACACGAUUGACAUGGACGCACCGCUCGUCUGUGGCUACGACCACUGCGACGACUGCCAGCGCCAGACGGGCUCGACGUACUCGCUCGUCUUUGUUGCCCUUAAGGAGAAGCUCAAGAUCGAAGGCCCUACCAAGAGCUGGGCCGGCGUCGGCAGCUCGGGCAAGCCUGUGCACCGCAUCUUCUGCAGCGACUGCGGCUCGCCGAUUGCCCACGACCCCGAGGCCGCCCCGCCCAUCAUUGCCAUCAAGGCCGGCACCCUCGACAACGAGUACAAGAAGGCCCUGAAGCCCGACACCGAGAUCUGGACCGUCGGGAAGCUGCCCUUCUGCCAGGAGCACCUGGAGAAGGCUUUCGAGCACAUGCCGGAGUAG